CACUCCUGCGGUUAUAGACAACCGAUACUGACUUAACUCUUACGAACUAACAGGGAAUGCAUUGAAGGAAUUAUCCUUCCCGGAUUUUUCGUGACCCAAAGAAAUUAUCUUCAAGACUCGAGUACAGUGGCAGUUACGCAGUUCAUUCACCGUUGAUAAACUGCUUUUCUUCAUUUAUACGACGACAUCCAUACUUUAAUCUGAGCGCGCACUUUUUACAGACGCGGUGAGUUCAAGGUUAGUGCUCGUCGCACGCAUUGUUUCGCUUUUUGUCUGCAUGAACACUACCUUUCCUCUUUGAAAAUGUUGUCGUUUUUUCCUCCAAUCCUGCCAAGUAUGUAAGUAAUCAGCGACUUCGGUAAAUAUAACCAUGUUACAAUAUUUCUUUGUAGGUUUGGAUUGUCAAUAGCCAUGCAACAAACAAGUCGCUAUGACAGAGCGGCCAGCUUAUCAACUACAGUGAACUACUAAAUUCACAAGUGGGAUAAUGAACUGCUGGAUAAGGCUUUAAGUCAUGCGCUCAUCUGAGUGAUAUAUUCUUUUUUGCGACGACUACCGAUCCCGCUAACCAUAAAUCUUUCCACAACGUUCGGGUGAUUUAAAGUUUAGGGGAAAAGCGUGUAGCACUGUAGACAGAACAGAAAAACCAAGGUCAUAUUUUAUUUUAUUGGAUAAAGUUCAGACUGCCUUUUGAGAGUUGUUUAGACUGCCUUUUUGGCAGAAUGGAAGAUUCCAAGCCGGAGAUACAUUCCGCAAGUCGGGCACAUGAUCGAGAAACCCAAACAUCUUUUGAUAUGAGCCACAUACCAUCACAUGGGACCUCUUCUAAUGACGGCAGGAGAGCCCAUGGUUACCACCCUUACAACCACAGGCAUGGUCAGCAAUUGCAGUGGAGUGCAAACCAUGUUUUUCAUUCAUCAGGGUAUCCUGAAUACUACCCUUAUGAACUGCGCUAUACGCCUCAUCACCACCCUCCCCCUGCUAUCCCUGGUCCCCCACCUCAUGGAAACCACUACUACCCUGGACGGGUGCCACACUGGCAUAACUCCCCAAGCCCUGUGUUGCCAUCUCAUAUAUCCCCAGUGCCCCAUCCGCAUUCUUCGUAUCACCAUUAUCCGUAUCAUCCCUCAGAUGGAUUUUAUGCACAUCCUCCACCGCUGCAAGGAGUUGCCCCUCCCAUGCCAAUUUCACGGGAAAGGAGACACACAGAUUCGGAAAUUGCACGUCCCAAAGCAGAAUGGCCGCCUGGUUAUCAGCCAUUUGUAAAACCAAUCAUACCAUCAGAUUACUUGGCCUUUAUCCAUCGGAACCCAGGAUCAGAUUGCGGAGGACCACCAUCCACUGCAACGUCGUCACUAAGAUCAACAGUUAUUGACCUUCCACAUUCCAGUUUUCAGAGCCCACGGCCAUCAGCAAGAAUGACUAGAAAGCGACCACUAUCUAGCACAGCCUCAUCUGUGGAGUCCAUUGACUUAAAUGCAUUAAUAAGGGGCUCACCUGAUUCACUUUCAGGGUACCUAGGGCCAACCAGAGUGUCUUCAGCAGGUUCUUUUGGUCAUUUGAGCCCUAUAGCAUUUUGCACCUCCCCUGGCUCACGACAAGCUCGCUAUCCCAUUGCUAGAAAUGUGCUGAUUACGACUCCACCAAUUGCCCCACCUCGAAUACUUUCACCAUCUUCCAUGCAAGAUGCCCUCCCGAGUUCGACGACUGGUGCAGAGGGGACAAAGGAGGAGACUCAGGAGAACACAAGUUGUGCAGAGUCUCCCAAAAUGACCAACAAUAAAGAACCAGAAAGUGCCAGUUGCAAAGAGGAGAGCAUGGACAUUUGUCCCUUAGACUCCACAACAUCCCCUGGCGCUUCAGAAGUGAAGGUAGGAGCAUAGUUAUUGCUAGAAAUAUAUGCUGCCUUCUAAUUAAUACUUGUGCUAUUAAUUUUGUUUACAAAUACUGACAGGAUCUGUGUCAGUUAAGGGGAACUUCCUAGGAAUUGAAUGGUGGGAGUCAUGUUUGCUAAGAAGGGGGGGAUUAAGGGGUGGUUCUUAAGGGGAGUGCAGCCCCCCCCCUCUUUUCUGCAGAAUUUUGUAUUAUUUUUAGAGAAUAACGAGUAACAUACAUAUCCAAUAACUGGCAAGUGUUUCUUCCCUUUCUGAAUUUUCUGUAUCUACCCCUGAAGUUCCCUUGUUACCUAAAACAAGUUGCUUCCUUGUUUCUUAGAAAUGGUUCUUUGGACAAGUUCCCUUAAAUCAACAGUCUCCCAUUCCUGCAAAACUCAAAAGUUAGGAGGAAGUGUUUAUUUCCAUAUUUCCACAAAACCAAUGGAAGAUCAAUUGCAGCAUCUUGCUUUGUUCAACAGGGUCUUUCUGUCAGAAAAUCGAUGCAGCACCAUUUUCAUAUAUGAAUGCCACAGUUUUUACCAAAACAACUUCGCAAUUUGCAUUACAAACUUGGCAGUAAAUAAAUUAUUAUUUGAAAGCAUUCAAUAAUUUUUUCAGGCAAAGUAACUAUCUAUCCAGCAAUAAACACAUAUCGAGGUAUUAUUGGUAACUCCAUUUUAAUGUUUUGGUGACUUGCCUCCGGCAGAUUACUUGUGAGGGGAGAGAAAGUGACAGCUGGAAAUAUUAUAUCUUUGUUUCAGUAAAGAAUAGCUUGUUGCAUUUCAAAAAUGUUAAAAGAUUUAAAUUUAGCUUUGGGGUCAUUUAAAAAGUAAUAAGCAAGUGUGUUCUAUUAUUUCAACUUUUUUCAGUACUAUAACAUAUGUUAUUAUUGUUUCAUUCACAGCUUAUCAUGUCUUUAAAAUUUAUACCCUAUAACCACUUUUUGGAGUUACCUUUAAAGCUUAAGGGAAACUGAAAAGUUAUUUUAAGUUACAUGUUUUGGUCAUUUUGAAGCCCCCUGAACAAAAAUAGAAUUAAUAAAAUAUUUUGUCUGGGACAAAAUUAUGAUUCAUAACUCUAGGUUAUCAAUGUCUAGGCAGAUGACUUGUUAAGGCUAUCAAAGUGAAUGUUUUCAGUAUGCAGAUGGGUGCAAAAAAAUAGCUGGAUGUUUAUUUUUUCCAACCUAGCCAAAACCCCUAUACUAUACAGCUGUAGUGAUAAAGUGACAUGCAAAAUUUAAUUUCUAAUCUUCCCAGAACAGGACCGUUUUAAAAAUAGAACAUCUAAAGGGGAGAGAGUUAAACAGAUAUGGAAGUGCAAGAUAAAAUGUGCUCAUCAACGGGCUAUAUUUUGUUGUCCGUGACUUAAGAAAUGAAUUAAAUACUGUGUGUAGAAAAUGCCUCUGGAAAAUUAGUAGAAGCCAGAGAGUUAAUUCUCAUUUGGCCACUUUCCCAUAUGGAGGCCUCAUAUUUUAUGAACGGACACACACUGCACGCACCCUUAUUAUUCUUACCGGGAUAGAGCAAGUUAGUUCUAGAGUACUGUAACAGCCCAUGUGUUUACUGAGAGAUCUGGAUUAUACAUUUGAGAACAUUCCAAACAUUGUUGAAACAAUUGUGGGCAAACUCUCAUGAACAUCAUCAUCCUUCUGGUUACCUUUUGAAACCCACUGUAAUUCAAAUGGCAUCCAGUGUAGUUAAACAGAGAUUUUAAAUGUUUAAAGUAAUCAGUUACUAGUGGAUUGGAUCAUUUUAAUUAGCAAUACAGUUUUCUAUUGAUGAACGUGCUGUUUAUAUAGACAAAGCAAUUUAAAUCUUUCUGCUAUUUUUCUUUCCUUCUAUUGUGACUGUGUUUUAUUUGCCAAACAUUUGGAGAUUAGCACACCUUUGCUGCACUCCCAAAAGAGCAAACAAAUAGUACUUAUAACUGUGGUAAUUGAAAAUGGAUUAAAAACAAAGGAUAAUCUAGGAAGUGAUGUACAGGAAAGACAUGUCAACAGAGACACUGGCGUCAGACUGAGUUUUACUGAGGCUAUAAUGUUUCACUGCCUUUUUUAAUACUUCUUUUAAAAUUCUUCAAGUUCUAGGAGGGGUAGCCUAUUGCUCCUUGACCCAUCAUCAGCAUCCAAUUUCUCCUUGUAAUAUCAACGCUUUGUAAACAGAGUGGUCACGAGAAUUAAGGACAUGAUCACACAACAUACUGUACCGGUGUAAUGAGUUGAUACUUCAAUAACUUCACCCCACCACUAAUCCAUAGAAACCCUAUAGGGGUACCAAGAGAAUUUCCAUUUUCAUAUUUAGGCGCUGAAGGGUUAAAUUAUUCUUACUGUAGUUCCCUGCUGAUGGCUUUUCUUAAUUACCUCAGUUUGUGGUUUGAGACACAGCAGUUAAGCAUUUUUGUGUUUGUUGCCUAAACAAUGACAUUCCUGGGUGGGGGAAGCUUAUUUAUGAUUUUUAGUUUGCGUGGGUAGGUGUGUGCAAAUGUGGCCCUGCUAAAACCCUUAGCCUACACCAUGCAAAUUUGGCUGCAUUUUUGCAUAACCCUAUUCCAAAGUGAGUGUCAUGAUAAUUUUUUCUUAUCUUUAUACCACUGAUCUAUUGCAGACUAGCUUAUGUCUUUGAAAACCCCACCCUAAACAGCUCACAUACCCAUAUAGCUUAUACAUAUCCCUCCACUACACUGGCUUAUAAUGAGGGAUUACUAAUGUAGUUAAUAAAGGCUAAGGUUAACUUUAUAGCCAUGUGGCCAUCAGUGCAAUCUGAUUAUCUACUGUAGAUAAAGAAUGUCCCAUGCUAACAAUAGUCUUUUUUUUGAUAAGCUGCUAUAGACAAUGAAUCCUCCACAGAUUAAAAAAAUUAAUGUGACAUACAUUGUGUUGUAAGUAAAAUUAAAGGUCAUUAAUCAGUGCCAGAUCAGAUUGAGACCUUGAGAUAAAGGCGGGGGGGUGGGGGGCAGUCAUCCAGACCCUUAGAAAAGUGGGGGGGGUCUCCAAAAAAUUCAGUUUGGUCUAAAAAUAAGGGGGGCCCUCCCCUGGAUCCACCACUGUUAAUAACAGAUGUUUGUAGUUUAAACUCUGUGCAUUAAUCCUUUGAGAAUUUAAGUACUGUUGUCAAAUGAGAGAAUUUGCUAAAAGAUCAAAUUAAAGCAUUUUGUUUUUCAGGACAAUUUAUUUUCUCAUAACCUUUUGUCUUGGUUAUGGAUUGAUAUUGUUAGGAGACCAUUGACGUUGGUCACUCGGUGGACCUAAAGGGUUUUAAAUUUAUUAAGUAAACAGUGCAAAAUCGUAUUGAUAAAAUAGAAAAGGGGCAAAGGUUUACAGAACUUGCAUUUGUACAUUUUACAGCAGGAAGGCUCAGACAACGAGGCAGAUGAUAACCCCCCUGAGCAGGAAGAACAAGACCUCGUAUGUCACUGGAAAGAGUGCUGUAAUCAGUGUGAAACACAAGAUGAGCUUGUUCGACAUGUCAACAAUGAUCACAUCAAGAAGGAUCGCAAGGACUUUACCUGUUACUGGGAGGGCUGCACAAGGGAACGGAAACCCUUCAAAGCCCAGUACAUGCUGGUUGUACAUAUGCGAAGGCACACUGGCGAAAAACCACAUAAAUGCAAUGUAAGCUACAUUAUAAUUAUAAUCAAAUAGAGAAAGACAGCUUAUGUUAACCAAAGAAAGUUUCAAAGUUAGUGAACAAUACUCAUAAUAGACUAGUACUAGUUAGCAUAAGGACAACUUCAUUUAUAUGAGAAAUUAACAGGAAGAGCUGUAUCAAUGAAAACAAGGAGUGCUCACCAUUUGUAUGGACAUUUCGGUGAAAAAUUUCUGUCAAAUGGUACUGGUAUUUUUUUUGGCACUGAAAACAGGAACGGGAUUGAGUCCUACCAUAUACAAAAUUUUUCACUUUCUCUGAACAUGAAGCCUGGCACUGGUAAUCCAAACAAAUGGUACAGGAAAUUUUGGUCAUUUUGGUAAGAACGGGAAAAAGGUAAUACCUCUAAAGGUAUUACUUUUUUUCGGGAAAAUUUCCACAGGGAUGAACCAUUUCAUUUGAAUUCUCCCCGGAAUUUGCAAGUUUUCCAUACAAAUGGUAAUUAAAGCACUCAAGGUCGACUCCAGCCUUGUUUCCCUCUAUUCAAUUCACUGUAACUGUAAAAUAGGCUAUUAACAUAAUUUCUUGGCAUUUUAAGUAUGCUUGCAUGGUGAUUAGGACUAAAUAUGUUACUUGUUAACUUUUAUCAUUUUAGAUGUUCUUAAGUCAGUUUGAAUUGUAGGGGUGGCGAAUGGUACCUCGAAAAAUGUGGGUCUCGGAAAAUUUUGGCAGGAUCUCGAAAUCUCGGAAGCGUUUUUGACAAGUCUCGAAGUCUCGUUUUUUCAUGGUUUGCUUUUACUUUUUUUGAGUCUCGAAACUUUUUCACCAAAGAGUCUCGGGCUCAGAUUUCUAACUAGGAUCUCGGCGUCUCAGCGAGUCUUGGAUUUUACCAUUCGCCACCGCUAAUUGUUUAUUUUGUGACUUGAAAACCAUGUCAUGGUGACAUGGUAACAUUGCAUUGUAAACUUGUUUUGCCAACUUUUUUUUUAAUAUGUAUCUUCAUUUAAUCUGAAUCAAUUAAUAUAAUUUUUAUUUCUUAUUUGAUUUUAGACUGUUCACAGUCCCGUAUUUUUCUGUAAGAUUGUCGAGAGCACUUACCUUAAAGGGGUGCCAUCUUGGUUUGGAAUGUACCAAGGAGCUAGGGGUCUGGGUUAAUGGCUUGGGGGGAGGGAGGUGAGGAAAAUAGAGCACCUGUCAUCUCCUCCUAAACUAUCCCUUACCCCCUAAGUAGAUUUGAUACUCAUUCCCGAGAGGGGUAGGUGCUCUAUCCCAACAGGCUAUGAACAGUCUAAUAAUGAUAAAUCAUCUACCUUUAUAGUACGAGGGAUGCUCAAAAGCCUACUCACGACUCGAGAACCUCAAGACUCAUCUCCGGUCUCACACAGGAGAACGUCCUUAUGUGUGUGAAGUGGAAGGCUGCAAUAAGGCGUUCUCCAAUGCAUCCGACAGAGCUAAACACCAAAACCGGACCCACUCCUCAGUACACUGGCGAAAAACCACAUAAAUGCAAUGUAAGCUACAUUAUAAUUAUAAUCAAAUAGAGAAAGACAGCUUAUGUUAACCAAAGAAAGUUUCAAAGUUAGUGAACAAUACUCAUAAUAGACUAUCCUGAAAACAAAGACCCCCAAGACCACUAAGACCCCUUAAGACCUCCACCGAAUGAUUCUGAACUUUAUCGAUUAGGGUUAGGAAACUGAGUGAAUCAAGUUCCAUUUAAGUCAUCAUACUGGGCAAACACAGUCACCCAAAAUUUGAUUAACCCAGUUUCCUAACCCUAAUCAAUUAAAGUUCAGAGUCAUUUGGUGGGGGUCUUUAAGGGGUCUUUGUUUUCAAGACACCCCUAUCCUGCCUGCAGUUGUGGGCUUAGUACCCUGGCCUUUGAGUGAAUGAGAGGCUGAGGUUGACCUUAUUUUGAUACAAACCUCCUUUGUUUUCUUAAUAUGGAAAUUAUGCUUGAAAAUUAAAGUACUAGUUAGCAUAAGGACAACUUCAUUUAUAUGAGAAAUUAACAGGAAGAGCUGUAUCAAUGAAAACAAAGAGUGCUGAUCACCAUUUGUAUGGAAAUUUCAGUGAAAAAUUUCCAUCAAAUGGUACUGGUAUUUUUUUUGGCACUGAAAACAGGAACGGGAUUGAGUUGUACCAUUUACAAAAUACUCGUAAAUUUUUCACUUUCUCUGAACAUGAAGCCUGGCACUGGUAAUCCAAACAAAUGGUACAGAAAAUUUUGGUCAUUUUGGUAAGAACGGGAAAAAGGUAAUAUCUUGAAAGGUAUUACUUUUUUCUGGAAAAUUUCCACAGGGAUGAACCAUUUCAUUUGAAUUCUCCCCGGAAUUUGCGAGUUUUCCAUACAAAUGGUAAGCGCUCAAGGUCGACUGCAGCCUUGUUUCCCUCUAUUCAAUUCACUAUAACUGUAAAAUAGGCUAUUAACAUAAUUUCUUGGCAUUUUAAGUAUGCUUGCAUGGUGAUUAGGGCGAAAUAUGUUACUUGUUAACUUUUAUCAUUUUAGAUGUUAUUAAGUCAGUUUGAAUUGUAGGGUUGGCGAAUGGUACCUCGAAAAACGUGGGUCUCGGAAAAUUUUUGGUAGGAUCUCGAAAUCUCGGAAGCGUUUUUGAUAAGUCUUGAAGUCUCGUUUUUUCAUGGUUUGCUUUUACUUUUUUUGAGUCUCGAAACUUUUUCACCAAAGAGUCUCGGGCUCAGAUUUCUUACUAGGAUCUCGGUGUCUCAGCGAGUCUUGGAUUUUACCAUUCGCCACCCCUAAUUGUUUAUUUUGUGACUUGAAAACCAUGUCAUGGUGACAUGGUAACAUUGCAUUGGAAACUUGUUUUGCCAACUUUUUUUUUUAAUAUGUAUCUUCAUUUAAUCUGAAUCAAUUAAUAUAAUUUUUAUUUCUUAUUUGAUUUUAGACUGUUCACAGUCCCCUAUUUUUCUGUAAGAUUGUCGAGAGCACUUACCUUAAAGGGGUGCCAUCUUGGUUUGGAAUGUACCAAGGAGCUAGGGGUCUGGGUUAAUGGCGUUGGGGGAAGGGAGGUGAGGAAAAUAGAGCACCUGUCAUCUCCUCCUAAACUAUCCCUUACCCCCUAAGUAGAUUUGAUACUCAUUCCCUAGAAGGGUAGGUGCUCUAUCCCAACAGGCUAUGAACAGUCUAAUAAUGAUAAAUCAUCUACCUUUAUAGUACGAGGGAUGCUCAAAAGCCUACUCACGACUUCUCUUGGAGUUCUGAGUAGAGGCCAGAGUGUGUCCUCUUGCAGGAAUACACACACUUCACCUUCCGACGUUAUUCCGCAAGAGGUUACGUAGGCUGUCUCGAUUUGUGGUUUUGGCCUGGGUGAGGAGUCAGGUGAGUGCUAAUAAUAGUUUUGCCCCUCAGGUAUCUUUUGUUGAACAAUUCAAAGGGGUUAUGUCACACUCAGUCUUAGCAUCAAAUUGUUAAAAUCCAAAAAUAUAGGUCCAUUUUUGUUUUUUAAGGGUACUUUCCAUUUGUCAGAACUGACCGGCCAGACUCUUCCCUUCGUAAUGAGACUUUCACUAUUAAUCAAAACUAUCCAGCCAGAUCAGUCAAAUCCUAAACAGUGUGCAGGAAGGAGAUGGUUCUUCAGCAAAAACCCUUGGAAAAAGCCGAUUUCAUUGUCAAAAUAACCGGUCCGGUAAUGGUCUUGCUGGCCAGUUCUGACAAAUGGAAAACGCCCUAAGACUAUAUUUAGGCAUUAUUGAAACCAUUUCCCAUUUACCGUUGCAAAGGAUGACAAUAAAGGGCGUGGAUUGAAACUUGAUCAAAGGUUAGGCCAAUGUUUUGAAGUUUCAAUGCUAUGUCACCAAAUUUGUUUGAUAUCUUUGUAACUUUACAGGAGCAUUAAAUUUGGGUGUGGGUAAAACAAGGUACUGAGCAAAGAUACACAAGCACAGAAAUGACCUUUAAAACAGCAAUUUCCUCAUGACAUAGCUCCUUUAAAAUGCCAAGCUGCAGUAAUGUGGUUCAUGUACACUAUUUUAAUAUAAUUAUUAUAAUAAUUUCAUACGCAAUUUCAUUAGCAAUAUAAUGCUGUGGUACCUUAUUACUUCAAAUAGACCAAGGCCUGGUUGUUCAAAGUAGGAUUAGCAUGAAACUUUAACUAGGAAUAUUAAAUUAGAAAAUUUUUGUUGAUUUUUUUGAAGUGAAGUUACUUUCUAAAGGGAAGCCAGUAACUCAAGCAUUUUAAAAGAUUAUUUUUUGGCAUGAUUUGCAGGUUCCACAACAUAGAACUAUGGGGAGGGGAAGGGACAGGUACUUUGGCAAUAAAAUGGAUGUUUCUUGCCCACUUACUUUCUGGCAAACAAAGUUGAAAUCAUUGGAAAAAUGUUCUGCAGUAUAUGUUUCCUUAUACCAAGAAAAGCCACUGAAGUGAAAGGCUUAAUUUUGUCCAAAACGUCACAAGUGUCCUUAAGUUCGGAAGAAAGACAACUUCUAAAAACGUUAAAACCUUUCUUUUAGAAACCCUAUGUCUGUAAAGUACCAGGCUGUCCGAAACGUUACACUGAUCCCAGCUCUCUGAGAAAACACACCAAGACAGUGCAUGGAGAACAGGCCAUCAAAAAGGUAUGUCAAGUUUGAGCAAAUUUUGACUUCAUUUAAUGUUUAGUUUUACAGUGUUUCUUUAUUAAAUUUUGAGAUCAAUAGCGCUUGUUUUAUCAACCUAUUUUCGGUGUUGCAGUCAGCUGAUAAUAAUAUUGAUUUUGUGUUGUUUUUAUCUUGUUAUAAACUUUUAAAAGUAAGGGGGUGGCCUUGGAUGAACUUUAAGGCCCGGCUGUUCGACGUAUGAAUCAAUUAGGAACGGCACUUUUGUAUUUGGGUUGACUCUGCCAUUCCAUUCGACUGAGCUUGUAGAAGAGCGACUUUGAUUCAUACAUCGAACUUCACGUGUGCCACAUGAGAGUAUCAAGGUUGAUUUUUAUCACAAGAUGUAGCUACACAUGUAACAGCAGCUGUGGCUAUCAAAUUCCUUCACCGUAACAGAAAAUAACCUUUUAUAUUACGUUAACUUUAUAAUUUAAUAUCAUGGUGUUUAUAAUUUAAAAAUAGUUGUAACAUAAACAUUUUUGUGUUAUUGUAUCAAGUAACCAGUUAGUCUUAUGUGGGAGCUCUGCUUUUUGGCUUGGCUAAAUUUACCUUUUAUUUCUCUCACAAAUUAACCAUCAAAAUUCAGGUGCUAGCCUUGGUUAUAUGCAAGAGCGUUGGGGACUGAGCCCCCUUUUAAAUAAACGUCAUUAUGGUGGCUCAUACGCAAUAAGUGUCGUGCACAGGAUGUAGCUGAAGGCAACAGCUGCUAAAAAUUUCUUCAGCUGUUAUAGAAUGUGCAGGUUAGAUUUGCUUGAUUGUCUGACUUACAACAACAUUAUAAUUUUAAUUUUAAACACAGCUUAAGGCAGAAGGAGGCAGAGAAAAGCCUUCUUCAAAUCCUGACAAGAAAGGGAGUGUGCCUCCUGACAAAGGACAAGGCCCCACCAUGGCCACUGUUACACAGAGUGCCCAAUCACCAUCCAGUGCUACAACUGAUCAGCCUCAAGAACCUUCGUCCCCAGGCAGAGAUGGAUCCAGUGUGGUUGGCAGUGUUUAUCAAGGUGGAAGUUGCUCCCAGACACUUGUAGGUAGCAGUUUUGAUGGGGACACAGUUUCAUCCAGUUGUGAUAGAAUUCCAGGAGGUCUGGAUAUUCCUUCAAGCCAAGGCAGUCCAAGAAGUGCUACUGGUCAGUCUACAAUAGGCUUAUCGCCAAGGAGUCCUCCAUUUGUGAGCCAACUUCCUGACAUUCUGGAAGGAGAAUGGGAGUCAAAUGAUGGUGGUGCAGUCUCAACAGUGCAGUCGGUUGAUAUCAGACCACCACACCAGGGAGUCACUCUUCCAAAGCUUGAUGUUCACAAAAGGGAUGUGGCAUCAUGGGUGAACGAUGUUCACCGCAGGAUGAGUCAGUCAUCACGCAGAUCUAGUGAAGGAAGUCACUUAUCAGUGGAAUUGAAUGGUGACUCCAGCAGGAGAUCUAGCCAAGAAAGUGGUUGGUCCUCUUAUGGGAGUCGCAGGUCCAGCCGCGCAAGCCCCUUUCCAAGCACCAGUAUUCAACCCCAAGAGGUUAUUCCUCAUUAUCCCAAUGGAGCUGUUCUUCCAUUGCCUCUACAGUGCAGGCCACCACACUUGAACUCACUAGACACCAGUGAUGAUGUCCUCCGACGAACUAGUGAGACUAGUACAUGCAGUAACCAAAGUGCUCCAUACAACAGGUUAAGCCGUAACAGCAGUGGUUAUGGAAGUCAGUCAAAUCUGGCAGUUAUAAGAAGCCCUAUGUUUCACAAAAUCCUGCCUCCAUCUAGUUUGUUACCACAGCGAACUGUGUGUGCUGAUGCUGCAAGUAGGAGAAAAAGUGACACUGUCAUUUGUGAGGCUGAUAGCUCUGGAAGUUAUCUCCAAAACAGUGGCAAAGGUGAGGUACGCCGUAGCAGUGAGCCUAUUAGACAAGCAAGGGCAGCCCUGACUCGAAUUGAACCUCCAACUGGUGCUAGUAACAGGGUAGCAGCAAUACCAAAUGUGAGUGAAACUGGACUGAUGUAUGGUGACUUGGAUCCACAAGAAUUUGAUGCCUAUUUAAAUCCUCAAGAGGAGGGGCAGGUUGAAUCAACUGUGCCAUAUCCGCUUCCACAACAGACACAAAGACUGUGUCACUUUCCGUAUCCUGAAGAACAUGCUACCCAGCCUCCACUGCCACACCCCCCUACAUCACAGACUACAAUCCAUCAUCGACCACAGCCGUUUACCCCACAUCAACCAAAUCCCUCAAACCAUGGGCAUCAAGGCAAGUUUGCGCCAUCAGAUGCCAAUGGUGCUCCGGCCCCAAGGAUUCCCCAGAGAGGGUACUGGCCUCUUCCUAGGUACAGAUCUGGAGGACAGCAGCAAGCUCCCAUGAUGCAGAAUGGCCUCAACCACACACCAUCAGAAAGUGGCACUAGCCACAUUCCAGUGGAACAUUCAGGAGAGAAAAGCCAGUAUGACAUGAUGAAUUAUGAAGAUGCAAUGGUUGCAGGGCUGGGUUUAUUAUCAACUGAAAAUGGCGGGGUGUCAGAAUUUGUUGGAAAUAACAACAUGGUGGUGAAUGACAUGAACACUUUGUUGAACUCUCUCCACGAGGAAGAAAGGUACCUCGAGUUAUGUCAAUCAAGAGGCGUCACAGGAAGUGCUAUGUCUAUUUUCUAAGUUACAAUAAUAAUUAUUUGAGAUGUUUUUUACAGUCGUGUUCAGGGCAAAUGACAAAUGGCAAACAUGAGUUUGUACCAUGCAGGGUGCAAAGAAAAUCAUUUUUACAGCUUGCCAUUCGGGCAAGCUGAAGCUAGCAUUUACUAGCCCAGACAUCAUUUCAACUAGCCCCAAAAACCUUUUGACUAGCAGAAUUGAUUUUACAGUUCUUCUGUUAUUCGAAUUCCUCAAAAAACAUCACUUGCCUGUCGGGCAAGUUAAAAACAGAAUUCACUAGCCCAAGAGCAAAAUCCACUAGCCCUGGGCCAUCGGACCUACUUUCUUUGCAUGCUGACCAUGUGACCAAGUUUUCCUUUUACCUGUCAUUACUGUUCCUUAUAACUACAUGGAAAUCGGUAGAUUCGCGCCAGUUCUACACUUAAGAAAUAGGAAAAUGAGCAGACAAAAACAUUGUUUUGAGCUGUUUUCGUCUGCUCAUUUCCUAUUUUGAAAAUUUCUGAACUUGAAUCUCACGUUUGCCUUUUGCCAUAAAAUUAUGUGACUCUAAAUCUCUCUUACUAUGUCAUUGCUAUGCUAAGGAUGUUUCCUAUUCUGUGAUCAUGUGAGCUGUCUCUUUCUAGUCAGUCUCAAGGGAAAGGUACAUGUGCUUAUGCCGGGGUGGGGAAAUGGGACAAAAAAAAGGCAUGUAUUGGUGUUGUAUUAUUAUUACAGUGCGACCACACGAACUGAGGCCACCCAGACAAAAUUUUGACACAAAUUUUGAAAUUAGCCAACCACAAGUCGAGAUCUAAACAAUGAAAUUGCUCAUAAUUGUACCUUUGUUCUAAAGGAUAUAAAAAAUAAGGAAUCGUUAUGAUACUUUGACAUUGUCUUGGUUGGCCAGAAUCAAAGCCAGCAGUAAAGAAAAUUUGAACAAUCUGAACUUAAGGUAACGGCUGCUCAUUUCAUGGCAAAUGGCGCUCAGCACCCAAAGCGCCCAAAUUUUGUUGUAGUCAUGAUUUAUUGGUAACAGAACUUCCUGUCAUUCAAUUCGGUCUGUAAUCAUACUCGUGAUUAAACAAAUCAGAUUCUCGCUAUGUGGUCACCCAGUUUUGUUAAUCACUCGUAUGAUUACAGACCGAAUUGGAGUUCACUUAGUCCUAUUACCAUUAUUAAGAGACUGAUUAGAAAACCAGCUGCACUGUAGAGCCAUUGCCAUAGCUAUUGAAACGUGUUUUUGCUAACUGAUGACGAUAUUGUACAGUACAAAAAAAUUCCAUGCAUAAAUCACUGAACAACACAACUUAGUAAAUUAUUUUUAAGUAAUUGUUGCUUCAUUAUUAUAUAAAUAAAUGAUACAUUAACAUUGUAACUGAGUAGUUAAGAAUGACAGUUUGCUAAGGUGAUUUUAUGUUGUGUUAGAUCCAACCAAAGACUUAAAGUUGGUUAUUAGACAGUGUUCUGUCAGUAUUCAACACAACUGCCUUCUGAAUGAUUUGUCUCAUUAAUAUUUGACUAAGCCCUCUUCUGUUGGCAGUUUCAAGAAGGUAUAUUUUAGUCCAGACUAGAAAACUUUUAUGUGCUUUAAAGAACCUAUGCAUCCAGAAACAGAUCUGGUGAUCCAAAUCUUUAAUCCUUAAUAUUAAAAACAGAAGUCCACCUAAUUUGUUCCAUGCAUUUUUUUGUAGAAGUGGUGGAAAGAAUUUGGUAAAAUGGGUUAUUUUGAGGUGGUCUAAGUUACAGAUUUAGUUUGAAUAACAGUUACUACCCUAUUAGAGGAAAUUAACAUGAAUUUCAAACAUUUGCAUUAAUUUAAGCGGAAUGUUUGUAAAAGUCGUGUUAAUUUCCUUUAUUUUGAAAUGUUGCGCUCUCUUUUGUAGUAAUUUCCUUUACUUGAAAGUGGUUUUCCAUAUAUUCACUAUUCAAGCACGCAAAUUCAAACUUUAUUUUAAUAUUUUAUUUGAAAGACAUUUUAGUUUAAAUCUGCAUGAAAGGGCUGAACUGAUAGUGUGAUAUGUUGUAGUUUUUAACCAUGCAGUGUACAGUGUGAAAAUGUGUACCAAAAUGUAACGACAUUAUGACAAAUCAUUUUAUAAUAUUAUAUUGUGGGACUAAUUUUAUGAAGUAAAUUAUACUACUAAUAGUGCUGGAAGGUGCAGGUAAUCAGGUUGACUGGCAAGGUAAAGCUUAAAAAUUAGCAUGUAUAGUUUUUUAUGCAUAUGUCAGUGCUUCGAUUUGAAAUUUCUAAACUUUGUAACAAAAUGAAGACAACACUCAAUAAAACUGAUAUUUUAAAUUUAUCAAGAAAUGAGACCAUUUUAG